GAUAAUUAAACCCAUUCGUCUAAUCUUCAUGUGUCCAUGUGCAAAUCCAAAAAGAGCACAGACGUAAUCCGUUCCACAACCUCAAAAUCACGUAAUUCGCGAUCUUCCUCCAUUUUUGAUCCUUCAUCGAGCAACCCCGUAAGUCUCACCGACUCAGCUUCCUAUUACAAAGACAAUUCCAGGUCCUCUGCCAUCUCAGGCAGAACCUCUCUGUCCAGUCUCAGAGACUCGCUUCUCCCUGAAAAUCCACAUAUCUACGAUUUAUCUGAAAUUCGUUUGGCCACGAAUAAUUUCUUAUUGAAACCCUUCUCCUCUUCUUCCUCCUCCACCGCUUGGCGCUGUGUGAUUCGUGGGAAAGAUGUUGUUCUGUUCCAGCGCAAGUUCCGAUGUCCAAUUGAGUUGCCGGAGCUGCAGAGACGGCUUUUGAUGAUCUGCCGCAGCCACCACAGUAGCCUUAUCAAACUCCUCGGUGCCGGCGCUUCUGGGAAUUACAUAUAUUUGGUGUAUGAGUAUAAUACUGGUGCCAAUUUAGCGACUUGUCUUCGAAACCCAAAAAACCCCAAUUUCACGGUCCUCUCGUCCUGGCUUUCUCGGAUGCAGGUCGCGACAGAUCUUGGUCACGGUCUCGAUUACAUCCACCAUUGCUUGGAUUCGAAUUUCGUUCACAAUCACAUCACAAGUUCUAGUGUUAUUGUCUCUGAAGAAUUAAUGAACGCCAAGAUUUGUCAUUUCGGUACAGCAGAGUUGUGUGGAGAAUCGGUGGAGACUAAAGGUGCUAGCUCAUCCUUAACAAGAGCAGACAGCAAGUCAAUGAAAAUUGAGGGGACGAGAGGGUAUAUGGCACCGGAGCUUCAGGCAAUUGGAGUGGCAACACAAAAAUGUGAUGUGUAUUCAUUUGGGGUUAUAAUACUGGAGUUGUUGUCCGGGCGGGAGGCACUGAAGUAUGAGUUUGAUGAUGUGAAUGGGACCUAUAAGAAGGUGAAUGUGAUUGAUUUAGCUAGAGAGGCAGUUGGAGGAGGUGGUGGUGGUGUUAGGAGGUGGGUGGAUAGGAGGUUGAAGGAUUCGUUUCCGGUGGAAGUAGCGGAGAAAAUGGUGGUUGUUGGGUUGGAAUGUGUGGAAGAGGAUCCGGUGAAGAGGCCGGACAUGGGGCAGGUUGCUGUUAGGAUCUCCAAAUUGUAUUUGGAGUCAAAGAACUGGGCAGAGAGGAUUGGUUUGCCUAUUGAUUUCUCAGUUUCCAUGGCACCCCGUUGAGAUUACCUUAGUUUAUACAGCAUUUUUGGAUUGCGGCUUUGGAUUUGUUUGUAUUGAUUUUGAGAAUUUAGGAGUCUUAUACUCAUGCAAACAGUCUAUUUACAAUAUAGAAGAGGGAAGGAGAUGCCUUUGCUGCAAUAAUGGAACUUCCCUAGCAACAUUAUCAGGUCUCUGGUCUGGUGUAAAAAAUUCUUCUCUUGCAUAAAGAUGUUUAGAAGAAAACUGGAAUGAACCUUCGAGCUGGUGGUAACUGGUCAUAUGAAGCAGAAGUAUGGAUUACCAUAUCUUAUGUGAAAUAAAUAAUUGACCGUUGUUUGAUUAUUUUAUAUUAUCUCAGCUUUGGUUGAGUAUUCCUUCCACUGAUGAUAUGAGAAAAGGCUACAGCAUCUUCAAUA